AUGAAUAAGGAUUCUGGUCGUUUUCAACAAGCAGUGGCAAAAGAUUUAGGUAACAAAUCUACUCGUCAGGAUGCAGGUAAUUGGAAGUUCAAAUCUGUUGGAUCAACAUCAUGGAAGGAUAUUUGCUCUAUGGGUCGUGAGGUAAAUCAAAAUUGUUCUCUUCAAUACUUCCCUCCUUCUGUUGACAGUAAUGGUAUUCAAUAUGCUUCUAUUCCGAGAUCUGAGAUUCUUCUCAAUGUCGACAAAUGGAACAACACUUUGAUUGGUUAUGUUCUUGGGGACAAACCGUUCUAUUCUCAUUUAAAAGGUUGUGUUGCUCGUUUAUGGAAACUGUCAUGUUCUCUUGAUAUAUAUUCUCGUGAAAAUGGUUUCUUUUUCUUCAAAUUUGGCAGCAAUGAAGAACUAAACAGAGUUCUUAACGGGGGGCCUUGGUUAUUUGAUGGCAGACUAAUAAUCUUAAAAAAAUGGUCUGAGAACAUUGAUUUAGAGAGAGAGCUUCUUACCUCGGUUCCUGUUUGGAUUAGACUACCUUCGUUACAUCUCAAACUUUGGUCAAAUAAUAUUAUUGGACGAAUUGCUAGUCUUGUUGGUAAUCCUCUUUAUAUUGAUCAAGCUACAGCUACGGGUGAAAGAUUAGCCUUCGCUAGAUGCUUUGUGGAAAUCUCUUCUAAAGCAAAGCUUCCAACAACUGUUAAGUUAGAUUUGGGAAAUGGAGAAUGGUUAGAAACUUCUGUGGAGUAUGAAUGGAUCCCCCCAAGAUGCAGCAAAUGCCAUAAUUUUGGACAUGUCGAGUAUCAAUGUCCGGUUGUGCUAGUUGAUAAAUGGAUUCCUAAAUCAACAAAUAAUGGAGCUGAUAACAUAGACUCGGGGUCUACUGCUGCACUAGUCAACUUAUAUGACAAGGAACACGAAGAGUCUGAUAUUAAUGAUUCUCAGUCAAGUAAAUCUGUUUUUAUUGGAGAUAUAAUUAAUGAUAAUCAUGUACAUGAGGUUGUUUCUAUAAAUGCUGAUGCUGGAAAGUUAAUAAAUGAGGAUGCUACUAUUACUGAAGUUAAUUAUGAAGAUACUACUAUUAAUGAUGUUAUAACAGAAUCUGAGUUUCUCAUGCAGCAUGAUUUAAGAAACCAAGGUAUUGCAGUACAUGAUAUCAAUGGAAGUCAAAUUGCUAAGGAACUAGCUAUGCAAGGAAAUUACAAAGAUAUAUCAGAUUCUAAGAUUGAGAAGUCUCAGACUAAGAAGGAUGAUGUUGCUAAUACAGGUAUCUCUGAAAAAUUAAAUGCUGGUGUUACUCCAGUUUUUUCUGUUACUGUCUCUACAAGUAGUCAUUCUGAUCAGGCCGAGAAAAAUAUAGCAUUUAUUAAUACUAAGCAAACUGAUGGUGGAAAGUUUAAUGAAUCAGUUAUAGAUUUCCCUAUUGCCAUUGAUAAUCCAGAAUGGUUAAAUGAAAAAAGCCAGCUGCUUAUGAAGAAGAAAUCUCAGUUCAAAAUCAAUAAAGAUACUUCUUCAGGCCCAAAGAGGGUUACCAGGGCUUCUUCAGCUAAUAUCUCUUGA